CAGAGCGGCGGUGUUGCAGAGACGAGAGAGAGAGAGAGGUGGUGAAGAAGGCAGAAGAAGAAGAAGAAGGAAAGGGAAAGGAAGGAAAAACCUACUGGGGGGGCCGAAAUUCAAGGAACUGGAGAAUGGGAGGUUCAAAUGCGUGGAGACUGGGCAUGAAGUCCCUUCUCACGCCAGGGACUCGUACGCUCAGAACAAGCACUGUCGGAUUGGACUCAUUGACGCCGCUUUGGCUCGUAGUAAGCCCCCUCUCAACACGUUCCACCAAGACCCUCUCGUCCGCUCAACAGGAAAUAUCAUCAAUAAGUCUGAGGAGCACAUCAAUGGAAAACGUUUCCUCAACAUGUUAGAAGGUAAUGAAUAGAAAAAGAAACGAAUGACGGCCGAUUCAGAUAUCUCAAGGCCUACUCCAUCAGUGCGAAACGACCUGGAUGCUCUUUCUAGUCUGAUGGGUGAACAAGUAGCAGCUAGGGUCACACAAGAAAAUGCUGAGUAUGAUGAGUGGUUCGUUGUUAAAGUUAUUCGUUUUGAUAGGGAAACUAGAGAAUUUGAAGUACUUGAUGAAGAGGGUGGCGGCCAGAGAAAGUACAAGCUGCCUUGGUCACAUAUUAUACCUUUCCCAAAGCGGAAUGAUCCCUCUGGUGCUCAAGAUUUCCCUACUGGGAAACAAGUUUUGGCUGUAUAUCCGUCAACAACUGCAUUGUAUAAAGCAACUGUAGUUCAACCUCGCAAGAGGAAGGCUGAUGAAUAAGUGGCUUCCCCUUUUCUUUUAUUUGAAUAUUGCACACAUGGGAAUAAUGCAUUUUUGUGGCAUUUGUGAACCAAAUAGAAAUGCCAGAUGAUAUAAUUAUUUACAGUUGGUUUGGAUUGGGGAAUUUGGAAAGAAAAAAAAAAAAUGCAUUUCUCUUUGUUCAUGUCACUUGUUUUUUGGACUAAUAAAGAGGAGAGAAUUAUUGUGAAUUGGGAAGAAAUAGAAAGAAAACAAAUUCUCUGAAAAUUCUCAUUUUAAAUCUCUCCAAAAUUGGAGAGAUUGGAGAGAAAAGUAAACAAAGGAAUACUAUUUUUCAUAAUACCAAAACUGCCCAAGAUAUAGAAGUAAAAGAAAAGUUGACACCUAUAAACACAUAAAAGGUUAUUUUGGUAAUAUAACAUGAAACAAUUUCUUUUCUUCUCUCAUGAGUUUAAAACAAAAGAAUUCAUUCUCUUUUCUCUCCUAACUGAAGUAAUCAUUUCUUUUAUUUUCUCUUCUGUUCUUCCGAACAGAGUGUAAUUGGGUAAAAAAGUGAACUAUUUUUUAUCCCGAUAAGUUUUAUUUAAACUUUUGUUAAUGAUAACAUGAUUUAAUAUGCUGUCCACCACGUGU